ACUUUACUCCUAAUCUUCUCCUUCAAGCUUUCAAUUUAGCAGAAAGCGCUCGUAGUACAGGUAUCGUCGUGGUAUUCGUCUUCAAAUAUUACGACGGAGUCUAUUUUACGAUCGUACAUAAGUAAGGCAACGGGGUUGAACGGGACGUAAACGAGCGAACGGUAAUAAAGGCGAUAUCGAUUUCAACGUGAAAAAGUGCUGGAGCUCAUUGAACGAGCACCGACAUUUCUUAACCUAUAAGAAGGCGGCUCGCUUCACACCGAGAGAGCGAACAGUUACCGGUAAGUUUCGCUGGUGGGCUGUAAAAAGAGGAAAAGUAAUAGAAGAGUCACUCGCUUGUCGAGCUUCUACGACGCUCCGUCUAGUGAUAUUGACCGUGUAAGGAAUUACCGAGGCACGUGUGCGCGUGUCUACGAGUUGCUGGGAGAAACGAGAGGCUUUUGAAACGAAGUAAAAACUGUUAUGGCCGCUAUGUCUGUAAUCGGGAUAGAUUUCGGCAACGACAACUGCUACAUUGCUGUUGCUAGAGCUGGCGGCAUCGAGACCAUCGCUAAUGAUUACAGCCUUCGAGGCACGCCAUCAUGCGUGGCGUUCAGUCAGAAAAAUCGUAUCCUUGGCGUGGCCGCCAAAAAUCAAAUGCUGACCAAUAUGAAGAAUACGAUAUACGGCUUCAAACGACUCCUCGGAAGACAGUACAACGACCCCUUCGUUAAGAACGAGCUGCAGUCGCUGCCAUGGAAUUAUAGCAAACAACCCGAUGGCAGUAUUGGCAUACAUGUACGAUAUUUGGAAGAGGAGCAUGUGUUCACAUCAGAGCAGAUAACGGCGAUGCUCUUCACAAAGCUCAAGGAUAUAGCAGUGACAGCUCUGCAAACAGCAGUGAACGACUGCGUGAUCUCGGUACCAUCGUAUUACAGUCAGGCAGAGCGUCAGGCCCUUCUUGAUGCAGCUCGUAUCGCCGGUCUCAACGUCCUUCGACUUUUUAAUGAGACCACAGCUACGGCCCUUACUUAUGGCAUCUACAAACAGGACUUACCCCCGACCGACACUGCUCCCAGAAACGUUGUAUUCGUCGAUUGUGGUUACGCGAGUCUUCAAGUAUCUAUCUGCGCCUUUCAUAAGGGUAAACUUAAGAUGAUAGCAAGUGCAGCGGAUAGUCAAAUGGGCGGCAGGGACAUCGAUGUUAUCCUUGCAGAUUACUUUUGCAAGGAUUUCAAAGUCCGAUACAAAAUUGAUGCACGUCAAAAUACCCGUGCUUAUCUUCGGCUGCUGAGCGAAGUUGAGAAACUAAAGAAACAGAUGUCGGCUAAUUCGACCAAGCUGCCCAUCAACAUUGAGUGUUUUAUGGAGGAGAAGGACGUACACGGCGAAAUGCAGCGUUCUGAAAUGGAGGUCAUGUGUGCUCAUCUUUUCAAGCGUGUUGAAUUAACUCUGAGGCAGUGUUUGACACAAUCUAAGUUGAAAUUGGAUGAGAUCCAUUCAGUGGAACUUGCUGGUGGUUCUAGCAGAGUACCAGCUAUAAAAAAACUUGUUGAGGAUGUAUUUGGUAAACCUUGCUCGACUACCCUCAACCAAGAUGAAUCAGUAGCACGUGGCUGCGCCCUCCAAUGUGCCAUGCUCAGUCCAGCUGUUAGAGUUCGAGAAUUUUCAGUCACUGAUAUUCAAUCCGUCCCUAUUAAAUUGACUUGGGAUGCCAGUCAAGGAGAGGCUGGGGAGUUGGAGGUAUUCGAACAGAAUCAUCAUAUUCCAUUUUCCAAGAUGCUGACAUUCUAUCGUUCCAAUCCAUUUACUUUAACCGCUAGCUACAGUGUGCCAUUGGCAACAUAUCCUACAAAUGAAAUUGGUAUAUUUACAAUCAAAGAUGUGAAACCGAAUAAGGAAGGAGAAUCAUCAAAAAUAAAAGUAAAAGUUAGAAUAAAUUUGAAUGGUAUUCUAACAGUAGCAUCUGCCUCUCUUGUAGAGAAACAUGAACAAACACCACAAGAAAAAGAGGAAGAAGAAAAACAAAAAGCACUGAAACAAGAAGCUAUGAAUGUUGACCAACAACAACAGGAUAAGAAAGAUAAAACAGAUCAAGAUGCAGAAGCUAAAGAACCUCCUGCACCAGAGGUGAAAAUGGAUAAGUUGCGGCGGAGCUCAGAUGACGAGGAUGACGCGAAGGGCUCGUUCUACUCCUCCAAGAUAAAGACUGCUCUGUCCUGGUUCAACUCGGCUGAUGACAAAGCAGAAGAUGUUAAAAACAAAGUCAAGGUUCGCCAUAUCAGUCUUCCUAUUGACGUUUGCGGAUAUGGAUUAUCACAAUUAGAUCUUGAUAAUGCAACAGAGAAAGAGUGCAAAAUGGUGGCUGAGGAUCGACAAGAGAAGGAGCGCGUUGACGCACGUAACGCUCUUGAGGAAUAUGUGUAUGAUUUACGAGCAAAGAUCUCGGACGAAGAUCAAUUGGCUACGUUUAUAUUGGAGGCAGAUCGGGAAUCACUUUGCAACACUCUUGACGACACUGUGAUUUGGUUGUACGAGGACGGUGAUGAUUGCAUUCGUCAAAUAUACUCUGAAAAACUAUUGCGGCUCAAGUCCCAAGGCGAGCCCAUCAAGCAAUUGAAAAUCGAAUUCGAGGGCCGCGUACCGGCAAUGGACGAGCUCGCCAGUGCCCUCCAGCUUGCCACAAAGAGUGUGGAACAGAUCCUUUUAUCUCAAGGGAAUGACGACAAGUUUAACCACAUCACCGAUGAUGAGAUUAAGAAGGUACAACGGACAAUACAGAGUAAGUGGUCUUGGCUCGAGGAGAAGCGCGUAUUAUUCUCUCAGACGCCACGCACCCAACAACCGCCUGUCUACAUUAAUCAAAUACAAGCCGAAAAACAGUCACUUAAUAGUACAAUCACUCCCAUUCUCAAUAAGCCUAAGCCUAAAGUUGAGCCACCUAAGGAAGAAAAGAAGGAAAAAACUGUUGAACAAAAAAACAACCAAAACAGUGAAGCACACAAUCAAAACAACAGCCAGACGACCAAUGAAGAUAAAAUGGACGUGGACGCUGCGACAGUAGGCGGCGAGAAAUAAAUGCUCCCUAUUCUAACACCUAAUCUCCUUAUUUUCUAAUAA